AUGUCUACAAUUACACAAGGCCAGGCUCAGCAGCAGCAGCAGCAGCCGCAGCAGCCGCAGCAACAGCAGUCUGCGCCGCAGCCACAGCAGCAGCCACAGGCACAGCAGCAGGCACAACAGCAGCAGCAACCACAGCAGCAGCAGCAGCAGCCGCAGCAGCCCCAACAGCAGCAACAGCAGGUUUCUUCGAACCAGGAGAACAACGCUGUCGCACCGGCGCCGGCUACUGCUGCUCCGGCUGCGCCAUCAUCGGCUUCGGCUGGCUCGGCUGGUUCCGCGACCUCAGCGUCCAACGGCACCACGCCCGCACCUUCCAGCGCUGCGACAGCAAGCUCAGCAUCGAGCGCCGGCCAAGAUGAAAGCCUCAUCUGCCGCUGGACUGACUGCAAUGAGCGGUUUACCUCGGCCGAGACCCUCUACGAGCACAUCUGCGAGAAGCAUGUUGGGCGCAAGAGCACCAACAAUCUGAACCUCGUCUGCGGGUGGAACCAGUGCAGGACCACUACUGUCAAGCGAGAUCACAUCACGUCGCACAUACGCGUUCAUGUGCCACUCAAGCCUCACAAGUGCGACUUUUGCGGCAAGUCCUUCAAGCGUCCGCAGGAUUUGAAGAAGCACAUCAAGACGCAUGCCGAUGAGUCCGUCUUGGUCACCGGUGGUCGCCCGCCCCAGGACCAGCCGACCGGAAUGAACCCGGCCUACCGCCCCCAUCAGCCCAAAGCAGCUCCUUCCAGCUUCUAUGAUCACAAUGGCCAGAUGCGUGGAGCUCAUCCGGGCGCCUUCGGCCCUCCGCAUCAUCAGAAUGGCCAGCCUGGCUACUACGGCCAGCAUGCCCCGCCUCCUCACCCGGGAUACCACAGCGGCCCCAUGUACUACUCGCAGCCCAUGGGUGGCUCGCGCCCCGAGUAUAUGAACCACCAUGCUGCGUCGUUUGGUGACGCCCGCAGGCGCGGCCUUGAUGAUCUGAACGAGUUCUUUGGCAGCGUCAAGCGCCGCCAGAUCGAUCCGUCUUCGUACCAUCAGAUCGGCCGCUCGUUGAUGCCCAUUCAUACGAGCCUCGGCUUGUCGACAGGCGGCUUGGCUACCGAGUACAUCGCGCAGCCGCCGCAUACGCUCGCUGUCGGAAACGGCCCCCAGGGCCCGCUCACCCAGCACUACUACCUGCCUCCCAUGCCCAACCUGCGCACAAAGCAGGACCUGCACGAGAUUGAUCAGAUGCUAGCGCAGAUGCAGGCCACCGUCUACGAGAACACGGGCUCGCCCAACUCGCACUAUGCACCUGUCGACAUGCGCCAGUCUCCCCCGUAUGCCGCCCGCCCUGCUGGCGAGUCGUAUGCUGCCACGGCUGCUCAGGUCGUUUCUCCGCUUAGCGCUCCAUCCCACUCUGCUGGAGGCACGCCCGCCGUCACCCCGCCCUCGAGCGCCAUGUCGUACACGUCUGGCCACUCGCCGACCUCGUCGUCGUCGGCCAUGUCGCCAUCGUCUCGGCACAACUCAACUUCGGUAUCGUACCCGAACCUUCCCAGCCGCCCGGGUCUGCCGUACCCCUCCUCGUCGGGCCUCGGAUCGACCUUCACCAACAACGAGCGCCGCCUCUCGGGUGGAAUGCUGCAGAGCUCCAGCGGACCGCGCCGCGAUUCGGACCGGACCCCUACUCCCAAGGCUAGCGACGCUGCCGUGUCGGUCAGCUCCCCGUCCGAGGAGUCAGAGGCUGCCGAGGGCGAGUCUUACGACGACUGGCUCCACAACAUGCGCACCAUUGAGUUCCUGCGCAACGCUAUCCGCCAUCGUCUUGAGCGUCGCGAUUAUGAGGACGACACGGAUAACAGCCGCAUCGACCCCAUGCUCCACGCUGACCGCAACCGCGUCUCGUAUCCGUCCCUGCCGCCGAUGGCGUCUUAG